CACACGCUCUGUGUUUGGAACUAUGUCAGUGAUUGUGAUGUGUCUGUGUGUUUACUUGGGUGUUACAUGCAACCAUACAUAAUAUAGGAUGAGUGUAAAGCAUGUUUUAACAUGAUCUGACUGUAAUUCAUAAAUAAGAGAAGGAAAACUGCCGUGAGAAAAGGAAUACAAAGAGAUGAAUGAAAGAGACAGAUGAAAUGAAUGGCGUUCUGUACGGUACUGUAUGAGAUCUAAUGCUUCCGUACAGUGUAUAGACUGUAAUAUAGACUAACUGUAUAACUGGCGUUGAUAGAAGUGGCACAUACAGUAUAGUGUUAAUUGACAGGCCAGACGUUUUGCCCGUCCAUAACUACAGAGACCUAUAGGAGCCAGGCCCCCAGGGCCUGAACAGGGAUGUUAUUGAUGCAGCUAAUGGUAAACAUACAGGAAACACCAUCAAGGCAGAAAAAAACAUUCAAUACAACACCUUGGACCCAUUGGACAUCAGAUCAAUCUGGAAGGAAUCCUAUUUGAGUCAGAAAAAGAUGUUCAUAUGAUAGGUAAGAUAUAGAAAACCUUGCAGAGAGCAUAACCAACUGAAAAUCUCUUAGAAAAAAAUAUAAACAAUUGGAACCACAACUUAAAGAUAACGAAUAUUGGCACAAGAUGGAGGGAAUGUUGGAACAUAACUAACGAAAUUACAGUUUACGAAAAUGUACGUUUAAUCCAUUGUAAACUAAUGUAUAAAAUGUAUUAUACAAGAGACAAAUUUCACAAAUUCUACAGCACAACGGCAGAGUCAUGUCUCAAGUGUAAAACUAACAAUGACUCAAUAAUCCAUGCCUUCUGGGAAUGUUAUAAAGUCUAAAAGUUAUGGGCGGAGUUAUAAAGUUGGCUGUCAUAAGUAUUACAAUCUAAAUGUACUUUUAAUCUGUCUGUCUGCAUAUUUCAAGACAUGGCAUAUGAGGGUGCAGUUAGAUACCCUAUGGGUUGGAUGAUACUUGUCUUGUCAAUCAUCUUGAAAAAAUGUAUACUUAAAAACUAAAUCAACCAUUCCUCUGUCAUUAACAAAAUGGAAAGGUCAAAUUCUUAAUUAUCUAAAUGUUGAAGGUGUGUGGGUGAUGGAGAGAAACAAAAUGGUGCAGUUUGAAUGAUGCUGGAGAUGGGGGAGCAUGUGGGUCUGGCCAGGUGGGUCUGGGCAAGAUAUAAUGCAAAGAAAAAGUCUUACAAAAAAUGUAAACAUCGUACAAAAAAAAUCCUAAAUCAACACCUUGAAUGUCUCAGUGUAAUGGCUCAUUUGUUGGACUGACAGAUGUAGGGAUGCAGGUUGUCACCCAGGUGAUCCGAUCUUUCAGUUGUACAGUAGCAGACAGUAUCUAACUCUAUGUAUUUAUGUAUGUCAGGAGGUGUGAGAGAGCCAUGCGUCGUGGUGGUGGUGGUGGUGGUGGUGGCAGUGGGCUGUGGCAGGGCAGCGAGGCCCAAAGGAGAGAGGAGCACAGAGCUCAGGCUCGCCUGCAGGGGGGGUUACAGAGACUGGAGCAGGCCACGAGCUACCACCUCAACACACUCACCACAGAACAACGAAGACUACACAGAGACCUGCUCAACAUCAGGACCGGUAACCCCUGGAGGAGGAGCCUUCACCCUCUGGUGUCACGACCUGUCAACCCUGACCCCUCCCAACUCUCCAUGGCCUACAGGACUACCCUACCCACAAUCCCACGGGCCACCAGAGACCCAAAGAAACACAGGUCAGUGAAAGCUGUGUGUGGGGGAGUGUCUGGUCUGGCUGCACUCCAGGCUCGGGUCCAGGACUUCCUCUGCAGCUCUGCAGACCCACAGAGACAGGGGGCAGAGAGCUCAGUGGUGCCACUCUGCCUGCCAGACCUCAAACUGCAGCCUGCAGCAGAAUUGACCAGCACUGUGCUGGGGGAUAGAGGGGAAGCGGAAGGGACGGAGGGGAGAGCUGAGAGGGAGAGAGAAGAUGUGAGGAGAGAGGGGAGGGCAAUGCGAAAGAAGGAAGAAGAGAAUGGGAGGACAGACAGAGACAGAGAGAAAGAGGAGUAUUAUCCUCUCCCUCCUCCCCCCUCCGACUUCCUCGCUGCUGAUGGUCGGCCCAGAACGCUCCACCUCCUGCCUGAUUUCAACCAAUCACUGGCCGAGGCUCGUAAAGCUCGCUACAUCCGUUACCGAGGUCGACCCCCCUGCGAGAGGGAGCUGUCAAUCACUGAGAUAUUCACCAGGGGCAACACAGGUUCCAUCCACAGAUUCUGAAAAGAGAGUAACCCUGUAAGACAGAACACAUCCUGUGAGUGUGGCUCGUAGUGUGUGACUUUUCUUUUAACCUGGGACCUCUGCGCAUGUGUUAGUCCAUUAAGCAAAAGCCUUAGUAUUUGCUCGGGGAGCUACAGCAAGUCUUCAGGUCUCAGGCAAGGUUACUCAUAAUGCGAGCGUGGUUCACCAAACCACUUCCGUUAUAUCAUGGACACCUCCAUAAGCAUUAGAUCCAUUCCAACCUACUAUGUUUGGACUACAUUGUGUCAUACUGAACAGGGCUUUGGUCUCUGAUGCACCUGUUCUGUGCCAAACUGACAAUGCAUCUUAUUCAGUGUUUCUAUUUCUAUUUUAUUAGGCAAGUCAGUUAAGAGCAAAUUCUUAUUUAUAAUGAAAGCCUACCGGGGAACAGUGGGUUAACUGCCUUGUUCAGGGGCAGAACGACUGAUUUUUACCUUGGAGAUUCAAUCCAGCAACCUUUCGGUUACUGGCCCUGCCGCCCUGUGAAUGUAUAUCUGUGAAUGUAGCAUUUGAGAUCUGCUCAAUGUAAAAGUCCAUUAUAUAUUUUGUGUUAAAUCACGUACCUGAUUGAAAUUAUCAAUGUAUGUAAAGUAUAAUGUUUAAAACUGUUCGCUCAUGAUUUAUCGUAAUAAAAUAGAGACCAUGA